CACAUAUACCCGGUGAGGAUAUAGGGAAGGAUGGCCGGCUGGCUGCCCUCGGGAGCGGAUAGAAUAACAACACCUUAUCAAAUUAUUAUAACAACAGAAUUCAUUAAGGGUAAAUAAGUAAAUUAACAACAAAUAUCAAAUUAAAAUUAAAUAAAUAAUCUCCAAACCCUAAUCCACUCCUUCUAUCUCGUAUGCAAUUUCUGCAGUUCCUCGCCAGCCUCAUCUUCGGCUAUUCCUUCUUUCUUCCACCGCCGGCGUCGCAAGUCCUCCUCUAUUUCCUUCUAUGUUCUGGCGCCGAUCAAUCCCUAGAUACGAGCGACGGGAGAGAUCAUGUUCGACGUCAGCAGCAGCCGUCGUCUUCCAUGGCUGCAAUAGCGACCUCGGUAAGUCCUAGCUUCUGCUACCGCAAGUCGUCGAGAAUCGACAGCUGUUUUCUCUCCACCGACACUUUUUUCUCUCCUCCGUGGACCUCGAACGCGUCUACUCCGUCUUCGCGAAGCUGGACCACCCGCUCGAAGCUCACAUGUUCGGAACCGAGAUGCUCUGCUGCUGCAACGGACUGCUCGCGCUCCGCAAUUCGGACGAGGAAAUCGCAUUCUGGAACCCUACCACUCGCGAGCACCGGAUGAUCCCCAAGGCGGAGGUCGAGCUUCCUCUGGGGGAUUCAAACUGCGAAUUCGUGAAUCGCACAUCCGGAGAACUACACGGAGCAAGAGCCCAGCCCUGCAAUCGAGAGGAAUCGUCAAGUUUUAGUUCCCUUGUUAUCAAGAACAUAUGUUGAUCGAUCGAGAGGGACUUGUGAUCAGAAAAACGAACCCAUAAUUGUUGCAAUUUACAAAUUCAAACAGGACAAUUGACACAUCCUCAGGGCUCGAAAUUGCUCUGCAGUCGUUUUCACGGAAAGCGUAAUUAGGUUAGGUGCCCACCAGUUUGGAGGGUUUUGCCCCCGUUUUGGGUUAUAGCAAACCAUAAACACGAUAAAGCAAA